AAAAUUUUAUUAUUUUGCUACCGGUAAACUUGUGGUUGUAGUGACAACAUGAUUUAAAUAAAUAUUAUCAUACCUUUAAAUGGGUACAUAAAUUUCUUCAGAUUUUCUUGAUAAAAAUUACAUACAUAUUACUAAAAUGAUGCUAAAGUUUCGAAGAUGGCGACAUAAAUUAUUUUUCACUAUUUUACCCAGAUCCGUUGUAGGCCUGGCAUGUGUAUAUUUUUAUUGUGAAUACGUCAUUUAUUAUGUAACUCAAAUACAGGUAUUUCAAUAAUUCACUUUAUAUUAAUUUAUAAUUAAAUUUCAAUAUAGUAAUCAUCUAACUAGAUCUGAGAAUAAUUUGAAAUUACCAUAUAAACUGCAAAUAAAUAAUUUUAGUGUGGUUGGCCUGCUCUUAAUAAGAAUCCUGUAGACAAUACCGAGCCUCUGUAUGUUAUGGUGAUUGCUGACACACAUCUACUGGGCUCUCGUGAUGGCCAUUGGUUUGAUAAAUGGAGACGGGAAUGGCAAAUGCAUCGUGCCUUCCAAACAGCUAUGACAUUGCAUAAACCUGAUGCUGUGUUUGUUUUAGGUGACUUAUUUGAUGAAGGCAAAUGGUGCCCUGAAAAAGAGUUUAAUGAUUAUGUGGAGAGAUUUCAUAAGUUAUUCAAAGUACCAGAUGGAACUACCAUGUAUGCUGUUGUGGGUAAUCAUGACAUUGGAUUCCACUAUAGGAUAACUCCACAUUUAGCAAAGAGGUUCGAAAGCAAGUUUGAUGCUCCACCAGUGAGGAUGGUUACUUUAAAAGGAAAUCAUUUUGUACUCAUCAAUUCAAUGGCUAUGGAGGGUGACGGUUGCUCUCUUUGCUCUCGUGCUGUUACAGAAAUUGAUAAAAUAUCAGACAUUCUAAAGUGCAGCAUGGGGUCAGCUCUAUGUAAAGGGAAAACGAGACUAGAGAAAUAUAGCAGACCAAUUAUAAUGCAGCAUUAUCCUCUUUAUAGAGAGUCGGACAGCAUAUGCACUGAACCGGAUGCGGCGCCAUUGCCAGAACGAGACAAUCUCUUCGAGGAACGAUGGGAUUGCCUCUCUAAGGAGUCCACCGAGUAUUUGGUGGAGAGUUUGAGUCCACGCGCAGUCUUCGGCGGGCACACUCACCACAGUUGUGUGGUUCGCCAUAGUUUUGUACCCACACCGUAUCAUAAAAUAGAGUUCACAGAGUACACUGUGCCAUCGUUCUCCUGGCGAAAUAGACUGGACCCUAAAUAUUACUUGUUGACAAUUACCAGUGAAGAGGUUCGUGUAUCGAAGUGUGGUUUGCCACGCGAGCUCACGAUGCAAGUGACGGCCAUAUUGAUGACGUUCGCACUGGUUGUCUACUUGCGGUUCUCGUGUGCCAAUUAUACACUCUUCAAUUAUAAACAUCUGUAAGUAUCUUUGGACAUACUUAGUACAUGUCAUUAGCAAAUUAAUUGUACUACGAUAGUAAAUAUAAUUUUUAAAAUAUGUCCAGUAGUUUCGG